UCUAAACUUGCACCAUUCUCAUAUAGAAGGUUGUUAUCAGUUGGAGUUCUUAGACUUACGAUGUUUUAAACACGAUGUUUUUGAUUCAAAUAGUUAAGCUGUCGAUUUAUUUAUAACUUAAGAAACUCAACGUGCAUAGCCGGUGGUAUUAGUUCACAUGUGCACGUAGCAUAAUUUUAACGCUUUGUUGAACAGACAUGUUUUGUGAACGGAACGCUUGGAAUUGAAUAAUGGCAACCUCCAGCAAAUCGUUGAGUGAAGUACGUGGGGAUACCAUGCGAACGGAACGCACAAUCAGCAAAGAACUAGAAUCGGGGAGUACGUCUGUAGAUGACGAAGAACUAGAAUCGGGGAGUACGUCUGUAGAUGACGAAGAAGAACACGUUCUAAACAUGAAAGAAAUCUUCAUUACCGACAACGAGGCGAAAGAAAGCUUAUUGAAAAUAUAUGGACAAGUUAUACAGAUGGUUAAUGAACUUCCCAAAGAAUUGUUAACUUUGUUGUCAAGGCUAUACGGAGAUGUUUCAUCAAAGCUGAAAAUGAAUGCCACAUUAGUUUCAGAGAAAUGCAAACUUGUUGUUGCAGGCGAGUCAAACUCUGAUAUGAACAGUGUUAUAAACACAGUUCUGGGAUCCGAGAUACUUCCUAAUCCACAUGUACUUUCGCCAGGAACUAUAUGUUGUGUGCAUACAGUACCCUCUAACGUGGAGGGAUAUUUUGUGAUUCAAAUGACCAAUGGAUCGAGCGAGAGACAUUCUUAUCCUAAAGUGCCGGGCGCGUUUCAAGGUCUAUUGUCUGACAAAAUGAAGGGAAAAAUGUCACAGCGCAUUGAAACGUAUUGCCAUCUGCCAGUGUUUGGAAACACCGAUAGCGUUAAAAUUGUAAGUCAUCUUGGAGGGGAUAACCUAUUGCCGACAGAAUUCAUGAAGUCGGUUGAUGAUGCUUCAAUUCUCAUUUAUGUAGUUAACAGCGCAUGUUCAGAUGGUAUUCAAGAAAAAAAGUUGAUGCAAAUGUGCAAACAGCUACAGUCAGACGCACGAGUGGACAAUUUAAAUAGCUUUGACCCAAAAUGCAUGAUGAUGUUUGUAUGCAAUAAUUGGGAUAUUGUUGAGGAAAAGGAACGCUCCGAUCCUGGUGCAGAGAGUAGAAUAUGGAAAGAGAUUGUUACGAAGAUACAGAAAUAUUUCCCUGGAAUUUCUGAACAUGAUCAGAUCUACAAGUUGGGCACCACUGAGGCAAUGCUUCUCUGA